GGUUCAGCGUGAAUCACAUUCACAUCCGCGUGUGCGUGCUCCUGUCCGUCCACUUUGAUAUGAUGCGUGCAAAGGCUAAAUUAGUCGGGAUACGCACUGGCUCACGUCUCAUCCUAAUUGUUAUUGUUAUCUCGUUCUAGCACACGCCUGCCUCUGCGAACAGCUUGCACUGUCGAUCAUCACCAUGCUGUCCAGCUCCAAAGCCGGCGGCAAUGGCGACGGGGAGCACCUGGUUUGCGUGACGGGGGCAGGGAGCUUCAUCGGGUCGUGGGUGGUGAAGGAGCUCCUCCUCCGUGGCUACCAUGUCCGGGGAACCGCCAGGGAUCCCGCUCACCGCAAGAAUGCGCAUUUGCUGGCAAUGGAUGGAGCCGGGGAGAGGCUCAACCUGUGCCGCGCCGACGUCAUGGACGGCAACAGCCUCCGCGCCGCGUUCCAUGGCUGCCGCGGCGUGUUCCACGUCGCCUCCCCGGUCUCCAACGACCCUGAGCUCGUGCCUGAGGCCGUGGAGGGGACGAGGAACGUGAUCAACGCGGCGGCUGACGCGGGUGUGGGGCCUGUGGUCUUCACUUCCUCCUACGGCGCCGUGCACAUGGACCCCAACCGAAGCCCGGACACCAUCGUUGACGAGACGUCCUGGAGCGACUACGGCUACUGCAAACAAACCGGCAACCUGCACUGCUGCGCGAAGAUGAUGGCGGAGGUAGCGGCGACGGAGGAGGCGGCUAGGAGAGGGCUGGAGCUGGCGGUGGUGGUGGUGGUGCCGGCGACGACCAUCGGUCCCGCGCUGCAGCAGACGCUCAACUUCAGCAGCGACCACGUCGCCCGCUGCCUGACGGGCGCCAAGCCGGCCUACCAGAACACCGUCACCGCCUACGUCGAUGUCCAGGACGUCGCCCGCGCGCACGCCCUCGUCUACGAGCACCCCGACGCCUGCGGCCAUCGCUACCUCUGCGUCGCCGCCGUGCUGCACCGCGCACACUUCCUCCGGCUCCUCCGAGACCUCUUCCCGCAGUACCCCGUCACCGCCAAGUGCGAGGACGACGGCAAGCCCAGGGUGAGGGAGUACAGGUUCUCGAAUCAGAAGCUCGGAGAUCUGGGCUUGGAGUUCACUGACGUGAGGAGAAGCUUGUACAAGACGGUGAUAUGCCUGCAACACAGGGGGCAUGUCCCCAUCAUCGUGCCACGUCAACGUGCAUCUCUACUUCUAAUGGAGCAGUUGGUAGUCUCGCUUCCAGGUUUUUUUUCGUCCCACCACUUUCGUCCGGUUUUUUUUCGUAGGUUAACCAUCGUAGAUUUUUUUCGAUGCUGGUUUCUUAUUCAUCGGUUUAUUUACCCCUCAGCUCUUUCCUUACAAAUCAGCACUUUCCAAACGUGCACGCAAUCACGGAUCUAAAUUUACUAACUUAUCCAAAUCAACUGAUACCUUCCAUUAUUGCAAAUUUCUUUAGGAAACAAAUAAUAGAUUUUAAGGAAACAAAUAAAAAAUUUUAAAGAUGCAUCAUACUUUACUAACAAUCACUAAAAAACAAAUCUAAAUUAAUUAACCUUACCUUAAAUCAUUCAAUCACUUUAAUUAGAAAACAUUUUCUUUCCUAACUGCAGUUGGUAGUCUUGCUUUCAGGUUUUUUUUUGUCCCACCACUUUCGUCCGAUUUUUUUCGUAGGUUAACCGUCGUAGAUUUUUUUCAAUGCUGGUUUCUUAUUCACCGGUUUAUUUACCCCUCAGCUCUUUCCUUGCAAAUCAGCACUUUCCAAACAUGCUCGCAAUCACGGAUCUAAAUUUACUAACUUAUCCAAAUCAACCGAUACCUUCCAUUAUUGCAAAUUUCUUUAGGAAACAAAUAAUAGAUUUUAAGAAAACAAAUAAAAAAUUUUAAAGACGCAUCAUACUUUACUAACAAUCACUAAAAAUCAAAUCUAAAUUAAUUAACCUUACCUUAAAUCACUCAAUCACUUUAAUUAGAAAACAUUUUCUUUCCUAACUGCACUCUGCUUAGUGUGCACAUAACAAUCCGAAGUAAUUAGAGUCACAUGAUUGAAUCCAUUUAUUUAGAGCGACAUGAUUGAAUUCAUUUAUUAACAAUAAUCCUCACCAAAAGUGCGUUUAGCAAUUUUAGAGGGCGGACCAAAACUCUGCCAUCCGCUCGCCCGCGUUUGUUUAGGUACAGGAAAAAAUGUCAUAAUAUAUGGAAACAACACGACCGGGGCGGCGGCGCAAUCUUCGGGGAUAGGGGAUCGGAGGAGAAGGAUUGGCCUGGCAGCAUGAUCGGGGUGCUUCCCCGCGGCCGCGGCCGUCCUCGCGAUGCCACCUACCCGAAAUCAACGCUGCUCCCUGCCGUCAACCGAGGCGGCGCCGCCUGCCCUCCUACCCACGGUCCGCUGCCGCGUGCAGCUACGGCGGGAGGAGUAGCGACGGGGCCGAGGUCCUUCAUGCGUUCCGGGAUGGAGGCCAUGAUAUCGUCCAGGUCGUUGCUGCCUCCUACACUCAGGGUGUGUCGCCGAGAUCGAGGCGAGCAUGAGGAGCUGUGGCCACCGCCAUGGUCACCCCAUCGCAGGGGAUGGAGCACGCCGUCGGCCUACAGCUUGUGGAGAUCACUGUUGCUCUUCAGGUCGCGUGGUGACCGGAUCUUGCCGAUGUGUCCCUCCCCAACGACCUCCU